UGCUAAUUGUAUUUGGCUACCUCCAACUCCACCAAAACAUUCCCCAGGACAACCGGAAACUUCAUUUUCAAUGACGAAGGAAUGGGAUUGUCGAAGAGAACAAAUUGUCGAACUUUCCAAAGUUCAUGGAAUGACGGUUCGUGAAUUGCAGACGCGGAUGUCCAAGUUAUACAACUUUGAAGCCAGUAUCCGAUCUUACAAACGCGUUCUCGCCAGAUGGAGGAUUCAUAUACAUCGACAACGAUUUAUUUUGCCGCGGACAGAAGAAGCAGCCGCACGCACUGCUACAGGAGAUGUUUCAAAAGCACUCGACGAGUUGGUUGCUCAGCUAUUCUAUGCAAGACAAAGCGAUAAAGAUUCGCUUGCACAAAUUGAAGCUAAUUUUGGUUUACGUCUUUCAAAGCGUGCCCUUCACUAUCGUCGGAAGAGACUUUCGUUAAAACGGGCUAUUACCAAAACUCGAGACUCUUCCAACUUUCAUCCCCCUACGUCGUCAUCCCCAACUUCGCUCCAUCUGUCUCAACAGCAUUACCCUCAUCCUCUUUCAUCGGAUCCACGGUCUCAAGAACAGCGAAGCAUUCCUUUACUUGUUCAUUCCUCUCUUCUUUCUGGGGGAGCAUCUCCUCCUUCUUCUUCCCCUGCCUCUUCGUCUUCUUCUCACCCAAAUUCAGUUGCUAUGACGGAGACAAGGACUCCAUCUCACUCGGUCCUUAAUUCCCAUUCUCCCAUAACCGCUUCAUCUCCAUCUAGCACUCAUCCCCAUCCAUUAGCCAUGAUUCCUUCUUACUCUUCUAAUUACCCAGUUGCUCCAGAAUUUACACCCUCUUCUUCUCAUGGCGCUUCUGUUCCUUCUCUCCCAUAUUUGCAGAAUCCCCCGGUUUUUCAUUCUUCUGCCUCUCUUCGCCGUCCUUCUCAGCUUGCUUUCUCCCACCAUUUACCAACACCGCCUCCUCCUCCUCCCCAUACUCCACUCCCGUUUUUGUUUCAUUCUAAAAACCAAGCUACUCAGUCUCAUGAUAUCAAUUACCCUUCACAAACUCAAAAUCAUCCUUCUUCGUUCGUUCCCGCUCCGGUCCCUCAAGAACCUCCUGAAAAUCUUUCGGACCCUGCUAUCGCAUCUACAGCUUCUAAUUCUACCUAUCCUCCUUCUCGGUUUCCGCCAUCGAACCAUUUUUACUUAAACCAUGUCCCCGGGUCUUCUUUCCCCGAGCAGACACACCCGAGUCAUAAUCCUACUUCAGCUAUGAACGUCGUGUCACUUCCUCCUUAUUCUUCAUUUCCUUCCUCGUCUUCUCUCCCUCCGCUUCCUGGUUUUCCUCAACAAACUCAUUCCCAUAUUCCUUCUAGUCCCGCCGAAGCGAAUGGAGAACAUCUCGCAGCUCGCUCCACCAAUCCUUCUGUUUAUGCUAGUUAUAUGGGAGAUCAUCAAGAAAACGGAAAAUCGAGCUUUUCUCAAGCAUAUAUGCCUUUGCAUGAGGAAGGACAACAUUUGCAGCUACCUCACCAUGUUCCUCCAACUCAUUCUCCCAUGCUAACUGUAGCAUCCGAGCACAAACCGUCAGUUUCAACUUGCUUCGUUGGGGGGCAUCAAUAUCAAUCACCAAAGUCUCCAAAGAUGAGACAGCCCCAUCUGGAGGUGUCAGAACACCCUAUGCGUGAAUCAUUUUUGGAGCCCAUUGAUAAAGAAGUUAAGCCUUCAGAAGAAUUGUUAAACUCAAUCCAAUAUCAGAUUGGUGAAACUCACCGCGGCUCGAUUUAUACGCCAAUGCUGAAUGUACCAAAUGCAGCCGCCCCACAACACUCUUUGCCUCCUCCUAAUACAUAUAUUCAGGAACAGAUGACAAGUCCAAACCAACAUCCCCAGUAUACAAUGCCGAUGCAGAAUUAUUCCUCCGUCCAGUAUCAACCUGUCAUGCCUUCCAGUGAUGUUACAAACCCAUCAGUACAUUUUGCUUCUUCUCAGCAGUUAAAUAUACCCGAAGAGAAUUUGGCACAUUAUGCCAUGCCUAAUACCUAUACGGGUCGAUUCCCUCAGACGUCUUAUCAUCCGUCUGCUAAUUUACUAGAUGCUAGCGCUUCAUUGAACCCCGUUCAGAAUCCACUCAUUAUGCUUCAUCAUACCAAUCAAGAUUAUAUUGCUAUGGGAAGACCUGAACAUUCUAUCCCAGAGCAAACCCAUAUUGUUCCCGCUUAUUCUGAUGUCGACUCGCGUUUUGUUUAAGAAUAAUUAUCCACUAAUUUUUUGUAUAAUUUCAUUCUCUAAUAUUUUUGUGAAUAUUCUCUUCUUUUUUGUUUCGUUUUAUUUCUUUUAAUUUACCACCACCAAUUCGCUCGUUUUUACCUAUGGAAAUUUUAUUGAUGUCGAGAGUACUAUAGAUUUUACUAUGUGUUUACGGAUGCUUUUUUUUUCUUCUUUUUUUAUUUUUGUGCGGUAAGAGGACUCAAUUGGAAGUCAUAUUUUGGUUUCUACUUUUGGGGGUUUAUCGAUUACCUAUAGCUGUUUAUAUAACAUUUUUUUUCGAUUUUUCUAUGAACACAAUGAGGUAUUUGAUAAGUGUUGAUUUUGUCGUUGUAAUCAAAGAAAGAGAAGCUUUUGGUGACUGUACAUGUA